GUAAAAAGCUUGUUAGCCCUUACAAAACAUGGUGACGUUACAAACUUCUGGUACGUCUGUCACUGUAAGAUCGACGUAAUGCUGCUUUAUUAAGCGAUUGAGAAGCCUGAACUACCCGAGACGUGUUCCAAAGGGCGACUGCCGAUCUGCGCCGGGAGUCUUUGGCACCACAACUGCCCGCGGGUGCCCGGGAUGCGGGGAAGCAGCCGGCAGGGCCAAAGCGGAACUGCCCGCGGCCGGAUCCAAACUUUCCCGGCUGCGGCGCUGCCGUGGUGAGGACUCAACCGCCCCCGGGAAGACGUCGAGGGACUUUUGGGAAGGAGAACGGCCCCGAGCACCCAGCCACAGACCCGCACUCGAAGUUCGGCCCAGGGCGCGGGAGGCCGCCCGCCGCCGCCCGGCUCUCACAGCCGGCGUGAGAUGGCGUUGCCAGACUUGGUCACUACUUGCCUUUCUCAACCUGUGCAUUAUGCAAUUUGCAAACUUGGAUUUGAGAAGAAAGACACUCAUGAUAUUGAUAAUAUUUUAUCUGAAAAUGGAGAAGUAUGUUGGCAAGCUGUUACAGAGCAUGUGUAUUACCUUGAAUCAGAUCAAAGCAUGGAUUAUAUCAAAAGCAUACGAUCAUUAGGACCUGUCUGUGAAUCUGUUAAUUCGUACUUCAAAUCUCUGACCAAGGAGCAGUUUGUAAUUCAGUAUGCAUCAUGGUUCCACUGGACAAACUGUACAGAGGUAUUUCUGGAAGUGUUUGAUGUUUUACAAUCUACACAAACUACAGAAGUUGCUCUUGGCUUAAUGAAACUAACAUCAUGCCUGGAGCGAGCCUUGGGUGACGUGUAUUUACUUAAGGGUAAUGAUUGUCCUUUCCUUCUAAGAGACUUGCUUGCAUCUGAGCAGCUUGCAGAUGUCUUUGGACAAGCUGUAAUGAAUGUACUGAGGGUAUUCAUUGGAUCUCCACAUGGUCUGAACCUUCGUAAUGUUUUGUGGCAUGGGUUUGCAUCACCACAAGAAAUUCCUGCCAAAUACUGUGCUAUGCUGCUCUUUUUAACUGCAGGAUUGGGUCAGUUGUUACAGACCUAUCUUCUGCAAACUAAAGGUGUCUUAGUACAUCGACCUUAUGUGGUCUUCAUUAGCUUAGAGGAGCUUGAUGCAUUUCCAGAUCUCAAUAGUGAAAUACUUUCCAUAGCUGAAGAACUUGUAAAACUGUCCAGUUUUGUAUUAAAAAUUAUGUUACCAUUUUGGAUGGCUGCUUUAACAGCUUUCAAGCAAAGCAGGUAUGCUGACAGUGUGAUUCUUUUACUUCCUCAACUGGAAGUUGGACUUAGAAUGCUCUUCACUACAACUAAUAAAUGUCCAAAUCGAUUGCUAACAGCAGAGUCUUCUGCUCUCUACACCACUUUUGAUGAGAUGCUAGCAAAGCAUUUGGAUGAUGAAGUCGUCAACCAGCUACCUGUAGUUCUUGAGGAGCCUGCCAUGGAAAGUGACUUCCUUUGGGAUUUCUUGAACCACCAGGAGGGCCCACGUAUAAGAGAUCAUUUAAGCCAUGGAGAGAUCAAUCUAGAAACAUUUCCCAGAGAAAUAGCUAACCAGAUAGUUGGAUUUGCUAUUUCUAUUCUCUGCAGAUUCUCAGAUGAAAAUAUGUUUUCUCUUAAGGAACACAUGGUCAUAAAACCACUGAUGAACUGUGCAAGUUGCUACCAAUCUCGGUUUCAUCCAAUUUCCCGACUCAAGAAACAGGUGCUGGAAUGUAUGAAGAGCAUCCACUUAUGGCCUGAAUUGACAACAGUGCCUGAGGAACAAGUAGAAAAGAUUAAAGGGUUGGAAGGAAAUGCCAAAGGUAAUACUUUAAUUUUGAUGGUAUCUGAAAUUAUAUCUCAGUUGCAGCAUUGUAUGCCCCAGAAUUGCUGCAGUUCAGAUGAUCCUAUCAAUGGUGUCCUAACAGAGAGGCUGCUGGUGGAACUUUGUGAUACGCGCAUUUGCACGCUGUAUUCCCCACGACCUGUCCUGGAAGUAGUGGUGGUACUCCGCAAAAUAAGCGCACAGUGCCAUCAAGUGUCCCAACAGGUUAUUGCCGGCGCUGGGCUGAGACACACGCAGUGGUUUAACAAGACUCUGCGUUCUCGCCAGAGGCUCAACUAUCAACGGAUGCUGAACAGCAUUAAAUUUUUGUCUCCAGUGUUGCGACUCAUCUUACUGUUGAUUACUCUGGAAGUAGUCAGUGUUCAUUCCGUUUGUAAGAAGAAUCCUUUUGAUUAUCAGCAGUACCUAAAGUUUUUGAAGUCAGUCUUGCAGUACACUGAGAACUUGGUGUCAUACACAAGCCCUGAGAAAAACAAGUGGGAUGAAACCACAGAACUUACAAAGAACACUUUGAUAAAAAUAAGGAAAAUCAGUGACAGAAAGCUAAUGUUAAUGCAUCUAGCUACGUGAAUGAAAUGGGCUUGUGAUUGUCUGGACAUUGUUAUAUCUAAACAGUUACAGAUACCUCAUAUUUGAUAAAUCUAAUUCAAAGACAAAUUUCAUAAGUAAUUUUCAAAUUUUGGAUGCAAAAUUUACUCUUUUUGUCAGAAGGUAGCUGCUGAUACUGGAGAUGAGGAACAGGUUGUUUAUCAAAUCCACUGAAAAAGAUUUAUAUGAACUAAAUCAGGAUGAUACAAGUUCUACUGUAAAUAUGUCUUGUGCUUUGUACAUUGAUUUUUUAAAAUAUUUUUUUGUUUCCUACUGUACUGAAAAAUACCUAAGAAAAAAGUGUGAAUAAAAGCUCUGGACAUUUUUAAAUCCAAAAAAUAAUUUUUUACUUUGGAAUACAUCAGAUAUUAUGUCAGCGACUGUGAUCAACAGGAUAAGAAAUUAUGAACUUUCAUCAUAAAAUAGUGCUCAUUAGCAUCUGUGGUUGUUAUUAAUUGUAAACAGUCUGAUCUUGCUCUGAACUCUGAGGCAGAGCUGGUAACACAGUAACCAGUUGUUUAUAGAUGAGGAUUUAAAGGACCAGGAUAGAUACUUCUGCAGAAGGAUACUUCUUCAGGGUACUUCUGCAGGGUGUGUGUUUGUUUUGUCAAAUUUCAUCUUCUCAUUCCAAAACAUAUUUAGUCUGUUAAUUUCAUACAGAAUGAAUGUGAAUAUGCACAUGCUCACAGACACGUAUUCACUGUGGUUUAGCAAGUUAUCUUCUUAUUGCACACAAUAUUAAUUUGAAUAUUUUAGUUUUUCAAAAUAAAUUCUUCCCCUUUUUCAUCAUCAAAGAGUAGAACUUCAAAGGAAUGCAUAGGUUGAAGAACAGAUUCACAGAAGACCACCAGUGUCUCUCCAUUUGCUUUCUCCUAUGGAGAAUAAAAUCAGAGGGUAAUGUCUGGAGAAUGUUUGGCUCUACAAAGGAUUAAAGAUUCAAGUUACAUUUUAAUAAGCUUCUUUGCAGUGUU